UUUUGUAAAUAGACUUGUUAGGACAAGGGAUUUUGGACAGCAGUUUGUGGCGGCUGUCAAGGAAAAGGCAUCUGACGAAUUGGUACAGUACAGAAAAGUUUUUUGAAAGUUUGUUUGACUUUUGAUCUUGGUUAUUAGUCGACACAGGAGAUGUUUGGACUGUUUGCUCUGUAACGUGUACAAUACUUAAAUUUUUGAUUUAAACAAUGUCAACCAAAAUGGAGCAACCAUUUUAUCAUGACGACUCGUUUCUCUCUGGCACUUCAGACGCCGCGACCCUGCGCGACUACAAGCUCCUAAAGCAGAGUAUGAGCACCGGCUUCGUCGAGCCGUACCGCAGCUUCAAGAACGACUACUACCCUGUCGGGAGCGCAGACGCGUCCGGCUCGCUAAGACUCGCCUCGCCGGAACUAGAACGCUUGAUCGCGCAGAGCGCCGGUGGCGUAAUUACCAGUCCAACACCUGGUCAGUGCCACCUGUACGGACGCUCCUUCAACGAGGACCAGGAAGGUUUCGCGGACGGGUUUGUUAAGGCUCUUGAGGAUUUGCACAAGAUGAACCAGAUUGCGCCACCCAACGUGUCAAUUGGAGCACAUGGAAUGUCAAACUGCUCGGUGCAACCAGAGACGCCCGUCUACGCUACCCUGAACACCCCUAACACUAGCGUCCCACCUCCCACAAGCUAUCCCAGCGCCACUAUCAGCUACCUGCCUCAUCACCACCAGUACCAUCAGCAUCAUCAUCAGCAGCACCAUCACGUAUCCCAACAUCACUUUCAGCACGCACCCAGACUUGCCGCGCUCAAGGAGGAGCCCCAGAUCGUCCCCGACGUGCACCCGGCCUGCGCCGAGACCUCACCCCCGACCUCACCUGUCGAUUUGGAGGAGCAGGAGCACAUCAAAGCGGAGCGCAAACGCCUGCGCAACAGGAUGGCGGCCACCAAAUGCCGGCGAAGAAAGCUAGAGCGUAUCUCGCGUCUGGAGGACAAGGUCAAGGUGCUCAAGUCAGACAACGCCGGCCUGUCCAAUACCGCGUCUCUACUGCGCGAACAAGUGGCACAACUCAAGCAAAAGGUCAUGACGCACGUAAGCAGCGGGUGUCAGCUCAUGUUGACGCCAAAAAUCAAGUCGUAUUGAACUACAUGAACUGAUUACAGACUGGAAUAUUUCAGAACAUGCAUUGCACAGGACACAGGACAAUAGGUCCUAUGAACUGUAACAAGAUGAAAAGCAAGUACUGCACAUUUCUUGCCUUAACUGUAUGUAUUGGUGAGAUGGUUUGUUAUAGUGGCCAUUUUUAAUUAAUGGACCAGAUUCACCUUUCAAAAAUAAAGGUGCCAGUAAGGUUUCUUUAUGAUUAUAUCCUUUACCACCUGACUUUAAAGAGCCCUAUUGCCAACUUUAUUUUUAACGUGUACAGCAACAUUGCUAGACCUAAUUGUCAGUGACCCUCUAGCUUAGAGGUGCUCCAGCUUGGGAUCAUUUCCUUUUCUAACUCACCCACUAAACCCAGUUAUUACUAUAUUAGCUGAAUAAGGUGCGAGCAGGAAAAUCACCAAACUGUGCUGGACUUGAGUUGAACUAAAACAUUAAAAAGUCACUGACAUUUAGGUCAAGCAUGUUUAGAAUUUUUAAAAAAAUCUGUAAGACUUUUAAAAUAAACUGUAACUGAAUAGCGAACACUUCAAAUUCCAGAUUAUGUCAGAUUAUUUUAAAAAAUGUUGACUGGUAAAACAGAACAAGAACUUUAGUUCUGGAAAUCCCAAUUCAAGCACAGUUUUGUGGUUUUCAUGCAGGGAAUCUGGUGUCUUCAAGUAAAAAAAAUCACCAAUUGUUCAUCUCUCUAGGACUGGAUGUUGACUGAUACAUCCCUAUACCGUAGAGAAGCUACAAUACAUGUUUAACUGACUGGAAGCUACAACUUUUAAGGAUUUACAUUACUCUUUAACAACCUCACUAACAGAAAUAUGUUACUGAAGUAUUUUGUGAACACCAGUGGUACUAUAUUGGAGUUUUAUUUUAAAAAAAACACACACUUUAAAAAUUAUAUACAGUAGCUUUAGUUUGAAAUCAUCCCUAAUUGUGGUACAUUUAAUAAUAAAGAUGCAAAUCUUUAGUUGUAUAAAAUGUGCAAAACAGGCUUAACAUCUCUGCACUGCAGAAUGAUGGAGAUUAAAAUGGGAAACACUGGAUUUUUUUAUGCAAAUACAGUACAUAUUGCAGCACUUAAGUGGUUGUGACUAUAUUUUGUGUUGGGUUUUUUUUUUUGUUAAAAACUUUGUGUUGUAUAUUUUCCCAAAUAAUUUCAUUUAGGUCAAAAGGUACUUUAAAAUGAAAUUCUGUGCACACUGUGGGACUUUUGCAGCACAUCUUAAUUGUUAAAACUCCAUCCUUGUGCAAGUUAUAUCCUAUGAAUACAUUCCGUAACUUAUUUUCACUGUUUACGUCCGGUUGAUCCGGACAAACCUUGACUGUAAAUAUUUUUUUUAUUUGUAUUUAAG